AUGAUCGCGGUUGUUAACCUCAAAAUCCUGGAGCUCUCCGCAAAUCAACAGCAGCUCGUCAAGAACAUGCCGGUCUCACAACGAUCCUUUACGUGCCUCCAGUGCCGGCUACAAGGCAUCGCACGGCCUCCGCGACGUCUCUACCAUGCAUCACCACGUCUACGAGCUGACGCGCCGCGGCCCUCGAUAGCUCCCAAGGUCACCAUCGACAUCAAGCAUAUCCGACAAAACGCAGCACUUUACGAGCAGAACUGCCUCGAGCGUAACUACAAAGUACAGGCCACAUAUCCAGCACGAAUAAACAGUCUCUUCGAUGAAUGGCACAUAUAUCAGCGCGAGGCGCGAACGUUGCGAGAGCGGAACAACCGUCUCAAGCUCCAGCUUGCGAACCCGACCACUCUCCGAAAUGAGGACUCCGAAGAGGCGCGGGAGUUGAAGGGGAUGACAAAGGAGCAAUUAAUCGAAGAAGCACGAGUACUAAAAGAGAAGAUCUCUGCGAUUGGGGCGAAAGAGUCUGCUCUCACAUCCGAGAUCGAUUCCCUCGCAGCUUCAAUUCCCAAUCUCACGAGCGACGAGACACCGCGGGGUGAUGUGCCCAAGGUCCUUGGCUACAUCAAUGACCACCCCGAACCUGAUCCCUCUGCCUCCGAUCGAGUCUGGCGUUCUCACGUACACAUUGGGAGCGAACUCAAUUUAUUUGAUUUCGCCGGAGCAGCUACAACAAGUGGUUGGGGGUGGUAUUUCCUGCUGAACGAAGCAGCACAACUCGAGCAGGCACUGGUGCAGUAUGCCCUCAGCAUAGCAAGGAAGCGCGGAUGGGGAAUAGCAAGUCCACCUAGCAUGGUAUACAGUCAUAUUGCAGCUGCCUGUGGAUUUCAACCACGGGAUCAAAACGGCGAGAGUCAAAUCUACAAUAUCCAACAAAGUGCCAGUGAUGUGGGGCGAAAACCAGAGCUCAGCCUCGCAGGGACGGCUGAGAUUCCUCUAGCUGGGAUGAAAGCGAAUACUACUCUUGAGGAAGCAGAUCUUCCCAUGAAACGUGUGGGUGUGUCACGGUGCUAUCGUGCGGAGGCAGGUGCUCGUGGGGUGGAUACCAAAGGUCUAUACAGAGUCCACGAAUUCACAAAAGUAGAGAUGUUCGCCUGGACACUACCUUCUACGCCCGCUUCUACUGAAGUCUUCAACGAAAUGCUCUCCAUCCAGACCGAGAUCCUGCAGUCACUGGGCCUCCAUUGCCGUAUUUUGGAGAUGCCAAGCACAGAUCUAGGAGCCUCUGCCACACGGAAAUGUGACAUAGAGGCUUUCAUCCCAUCUAGGCGGCCGAAGGAUGAUGGCUGGGGAGAGGUCACGUCCGUUAGUACCUGUACCGAUUAUCAGAGUAGGAGAUUGGCAACACGGGUUGAUAUGAGGAGCCAGGGGGGUAAAACUGUGUUCCCGUACACCGUGAAUGGAACUGCCAUGGCGGUCCCGAGAGUAUUGGCUGCAAUCCUGGAGAAUGGGUGGGAUGAACGGAGAACAGAAGUUAGGAUUCCCGAGGUAUUGUGGCCUUGGAUGGAUGGAGCAAAGGUUAUUGGGCCAAAGGAGCGGUUGAGAAUGUUCCUUUUCACGUCACAGAAUAUUUCUGCUCUUUUGUUCACCUUUGUCAAGCUCAAGGCCUUGAAACUUAGGGAGGCUCGAAAAAUAAAAUAA